AUGGCGCCUCGAUCUUACUCCAAGACCGCAAAGGUCCCCCGUCGCCCUUUCGAGGCCGCCCGUCUUGAUUCCGAGUUGAAGCUCGUUGGAGAGUACGGUCUACGAAACAAGCGUGAGGUGUGGCGUGUCCUGCUCACCCUUUCCAAGAUUCGUCGUGCUGCCCGUCAGCUUCUUACCCUCGACGAGAAGGACCCCAAGCGUCUCUUCGAAGGCAAUGCCCUCAUUCGCCGUCUCGUUCGUGUCGGUGUGCUCGACGAGUCCCGCAUGAAGCUCGAUUACGUGCUUGCCCUGAAGGUCGAAGAUUUCUUGGAGCGCCGCCUGCAGACCUGCGUCUACAAGCUCGGUCUUGCCAAGUCCAUCCACCACGCCCGUUGUCUCAUCCGCCAGCGCCACAUCCGCGUUGGCAAGCAGAUCGUCAACGUCCCCUCUUUCAUCGUCCGUCUCGACUCCCAGAAGCACAUCGACUUCGCUCUGACCUCGCCGUUCGGUGGCGGGCGUCCCGGCCGUGUCCGAAGAAAGAAGGCUAAGCUCGCCGAGAAGAAGGAUGAGGGCGAGGAGGAGGAAGAGGAAGAGUAA